AGUGCCAUGGCAGCGGGGCGGGUGGUGCCGAUGCUGUGGGUGCUGUGGGUGCUGUUGGCAGCCCGGGCGGUGCUGCCGGCGAGGGACCCGCUGCUGAACGUCUGCAUGGACGCCAAGCACCACAAGAGCGAGCCCGGCCCCGAGGGGAAGCUGCACGACCAGUGCUCUCCCUGGAAGGACAAUGCCUGCUGCACGGCCAACACCAGCUCAGAGGCACACAAGGACCAAUCCAACCUGUACAACUUCAACUGGAACCACUGUGGGGUGAUGCCAGCCCAGUGCAAGCGCCACUUCAUCCAGGACACGUGUUUGUACGAGUGUUCCCCCAACCUGGGGCCCUGGAUUGACCAGGCUGACAGCAGCUGGCGUCGGGAGAGGAUCCUGCACGUGCCCCUGUGCCAGGAGGACUGUGAGCAGUGGUGGGAGGACUGCAGGGACGCCGUCACCUGCAAGGAGAACUGGCACAAGGGCUGGAACUGGGCAACAGGCAGGAACCGCUGUCCCUGGGGCUCCAUGUGCAGACCCUUCAGUGAGGUGUUCCCCCGGCCCAAGGACCUGUGUGAGAAGAUCUGGUCCCACUCCUACAGAUACAGCACAGCUCGCAGGGGCAGCGGCCGCUGCAUCCAGAUGUGGUUUGACCCCGCCCAGGGGAACCCCAACGUGGCUGUGGCCAAGUUCUACUCCUGGAAAAAGAGAUCCUCCCCUGCUGGGGUGGAGGACGUGGCUCCUGAGAGUGACCAAGCUGUGCUUGCUCUGCCGUGGUCUGUCCUGGUCCUGCUGCCCCUGGCCCUCACAGGCUGUGGAUCCCAUGGAUGGGGGUCCCUGGGACUGUUUCCUAAAGGGACAUGGCCUGGACUGCUCCAGCUGCCCUGCAAGAGGAGCUGGCACAGGUAACCUGGGUCUGUCUGUCCCAGCUGGUCACACACCCCAGCGAGUGCUCAGUGGGAGCAGCUCCCAGCUGACCAGGGCAGGGAUUUCCUUGCCAUCCUGGGAAGGGCAAACCAAAAUCUCUGCCCUGAUGUAGGAGCUCCUGCACAUCUGCUCCCACCCCAUGGCUGUGCUGGGCUGGCUGAGCUCUGCUGUCAGUGGUUCUUUGGGCUGUGGGGACUCCCUGAAGGGUGGGGUUGGUAAUAAAGUUGUGCUCUGGACCA